AUGAAUUAUUUGUUAGCUAGAAAGGCAAAUUCUAUAUUAGAUGAUAAAGAGUUUCAAGGAUAGAAUAAUAGAAACUUGAGUAUAACAGAAUAGAUCUAAUAGGUAAAAAAUAUAACCUUAUUCGAAAUUUCAAAUUAUUAGAUCGAUUAUCAUAAUUUUGUUUCCUCUAUUCAAUUAAGAGGUGGUGGAUGCUUUGGAUCAACGCCAAAUCGUUCUGAUUUCAAAUCUAAUUUGCAAUAAAUUGAUUAUAGAUUUUUGGCCUAAUUAUCAACAUUUGCAAACGUAAUUUCUGAAAAAUCUUUAAGUUUUUAAGAUAAAUUGUAUCAGGAUGAAGUACUUGCUGCAUUUUAAUGGUUUUAAAACAAUAGAGAAUAAUUUCAUAUACUUUGUAAUGAUUAAACUGAAAAUACAAAAAAUUAUUAAUUGAUAGAAAAAAUUACAGAAUAAUUAAUGAGAUAAUUAAUCAUUUAUAUCAAGGUGUCAGGCUUUCUUUUUAAAUAGUUACUCUAAAUUUGUAAUGACUUUUGGAAAAUAAUAUUUUCUCAUUAACUACAGAAUGAAGAUAGAUACAUGUAGGAUGAAAUGUAGAAGAGUUUUUUAGAAAUUAUUGAAGAGGUUGACUCUUAAAUAUCAGUGGAAGCAGUCAAUAUUUGGAUUAACGGAGCGAAGUUCGAGCUUUAAUUGAUAAAAAUUUGCGUAUCUCAUUGUAGGACAAAUUCUGAAAAAGGAAAGGAGUUAGUUAUAUCUAUUGUUAGUGGGCUAUUUUAAUCGAUAUCUUAACUAAAACCUAGUGAGGAAUUAAUCGAUUCAUUAAUUGAAGGAGGAAAAUUUUUGCUCUUGAAUUUCUACGAUAAAUAAAUAUAAAAUCCUCUUCAGGUGUACGAAAUUUAUCUUUAUUUCGAAAAUCUUAAAUGGUCUAUUGUAUUUUAGUUGAAAUUGGGUUAUUCUAUUUAGAAUAUUAUAAAACAGAUUCAAGACGGAUAUACAAAAUACAUUAAACUAUCUAAGGAUUGGAGAGUUCAUUAUUUUUGGGUAAAUUUGAUAUCAGACAUUAUGUGUUAUAGACCAAUUUUUCUUAAGACUGAAAUUUAAUAAUUAUAAUAAUCAUAAACUGUUGAUGAAGAAACCUGGAAUUAACUCAUAAUUAAGUUGCCUUAUAAUAAGUUUGCUGGUAAAUUAAAAUUAUUUUCUAACAAUAAUUUUACAUUGAAAUAGUAUACAACUUUAAAGUUGUUCUAAGAGUACUUGAUUCAAAAUUAAUGUGAUAUUUAACUAUUGCCAAAUUAUAUUAAUUUUAAUUUCAAUGCUCAAGAAAGGAAACAAUUUUAAGAUGAAGAACUUUUUAUUCAAUCAUUAACUAAUCAAUCGAACUUAGAAAUUUUAAAAGCUUUAAUGAAAUAACUAAGGUAUUAAAAUGACCAAGUAACCAGUAAUUUUGUCAUUGCAAAAGAAAAAGUGAGUCAACAUGAUACACUUUUGGGAAGUGAAAAACAUAUUCAAUUCAAAAUCUUUUGCUAAGAACUACGAUUCUUGAUGAAACAAAUUAAAUAAUCAAGUCUGCUAUUAUUAUAUUUAAUUAAUGAGAUAAAUUUAUUUGUGAAUAAGGAACUUUAAAUUAAUUUAAUAAUAUAAACGAUAUUCUAAGAAUAGUUUAAAAUAUUGGAAGACUCAAAAAAAAUAAAGGAAUAAAUUUUAAAAGACAUACAAGAAAUUGAAAAUAAAUAUGCAUCUGAAUUUUUGGGUAAUUUUUAGAAUGUUUCCUAAUUUUGGUUAUAAAUUGCUUAAUAUACAUCCUUCUCACAUAUAGAAUUAAUUGAGGGGAACAUUGAAUUGGAAAAAUCACUUUAAUAAUAAUUGGAUUCCAAUGUGAAAUAUUUUACAAAUAUAAAUAACUUCUUAGAUAAAUUUCAAUUAUAGAUCUCUAAUGUUAAGACAAAAUUUUUAAAGAUUUUAGAAUAGUAGAAACUCAAGGGUUUAAUGAAGGAUUCGAUAAGCUAAAGAAAAUUACUUGAUAUUAUGAUAAAGUUGUUUAAUCCUAAAUUGACAUUAAAAUUGAUAAAUGAAAGCAUUUAAUAUUAUUAAAAAUUAUUACAGGAGGAAAUAUAAAUUGAAAAUGUGAAGGAUGUUCGGAAAAUUCUCAUAGUCAUUCAAUCAAACAUUAAUAUUUAUAAGGGAUUAUAAAUGAUCUUUAAAUAGCACCAAAAGAAAUUAUUAUCAAUAUAAAAAUAAUUUUAAGGGGCUUUUGAAAAAAUAAGUGUUGAUCACAUUAAAACUUAGGAAAAUUACGAAAUUGAUAUUAAAUUCCAUAGAACAGCAUUCAUCCUUGAAAUGGGGGAUUAACUGCAGCUUUUGUUUAAAAAAUACUAAAAUUAAGAACUAACAGAAGAAUAAUUAACAGACUUCAACGUUAUAUCAAAUAAAAUUAGUAAAGAAAUUAAUAAAAUAAAAUUCAUGGAUUGGCCAGAUCAAAUCAAAUCUCAUCAUAUUUUACUGCUAUCUGAAAUUAAGCUUUAAUUAGAACUCCUUAGUUUUGUACAGCAAGACAGAAAUAUUAUAUAAAUGGAAAUUUCAAAACUAUUAGAUGGAUAUCUUAAGGAAAUAAAUUCAGAGGAUAAACCAAAAGAGCACUUGCCCUUAACUAAGAAUAUAAAGCAAUCAUCUACCGAUGAUGAAUUUCUGAUAUUGAAAUUAAAAGAUUUUUUUGAUUGUGAAGAGCCUUUGAAUAUUUUAGAGAAGUUGAUUACCAAAACAAAAAAGAUAAAAAGCAUCUUUAGGUAAAACCAUUUAAAUGCAGCUUCUCAAAAUUUAUAAAACAACUUCGAUUUGUUGAACAAAUUAAAGGAUACCUAAACAUUAAGUCUCAAACAAGCCAUUACUGAUUUACAAUAACAAACGUUAGUAUUUUGUUAAAUGAUUGAUAAACAUGAAUAAAUUACUUUUGUUUAUGAGUUUAUUGAAAAGAGCUAAAAUUAACCUAAUUUAGAUUAAAUUUCCGCAUUAUUACAUAUAUUUAACUUUGAUACUCUGAAUUUUUAGGAUUAAAGGAUGGAACAUGGAGUUGGAAAAGUUGAUAUAAUAUAAACUAUGAUUGCAGAAUUGUAAAAAGAUAUGAAAAUAGUUUAAGAAGAAAAUAUUUUUGAUACAAUUUCAGAUUAAUCCUAUAAAGUUCGAGAAUUAGUUGUGUUCAAUUUAAUUAAAAUAUAAUCAAUCAUUUAAGAAUAGCCAAUAUAAGAGUUUUGUGAAAAUUUAUUAAAAUAAAUCUGGAUAAUUGAAAAAAAUCCAAAUGUUAGAAGCCUUCUAAAAAAUGAAGAAAUGAUAAAAAUGCAGAAGAAACUAUUUUCUCAAGAUUUAUAAAAUUUCUCACUUAAAAUAAAAAAAGAGAUGCAAACAAAAUUUAAAUAGAUUGAGCAACUUGAAACUUAAGUUCUUUUAAGUGGCAACUAGGAUGAAAUUAAGAAAUCACUAUAAGAGUAGUAUGAUGAGUUUGAGAUAUAUUUGGAUAACAUAACAGAUAUGUCAUAAAGAUUAGAUAUUAGUUUAGUAUUUUUAAGGGAAAUUAGUAAGGAUUUGAAAAACAUUAAAUCAUCCAUAGAUUAAAUAUUUUUAAGUGUAAAAGGAGUUGAGGAUGAUAUAAGAAGAUUAAGAGGUAAAAAUUUUAUGGAAUUGCUAAACAUUCGAAAGUAGAAGGUUUUAUACUAAAAGCUAGAAAAUGAGUAAGAUUAAAUCCAUAUUGAAAUUAAAACUUAAGAAUAUGAUCCCAUUUCUGGAAAUAAAAAAAAAAACAAGAGUGGUGAAUUUGAGACCUUUUUGAUGAAAUUGUAAUUUGAUAAUUAUGAUGGAGAAGUUAAUGAAUUUUUGUGGAGUGAGUAUGAAAGUCUAAAAGAUGUAAUGCUAAUAAAAGGAAAAGCAGGAUCAGGAAAAAGUAGAGCUUCACGUAACAUUGAAGAAUUUAUUUGGAUUUGCGAUUCAAUUUCACCAAAUUGGAUUCCAAUUUAUAUGUCACUUCCUUAAUUAAAAGAUCCUAAUCACAAUUUAAUUGAAUAGGCUCUGGAGUCUGAAAAUUACAACUUUGAUAAUAUUUAAAUCAGAGAAUUUAAAGAUGCAGUCAUAAAUGGAACAUUAAAGAUUGUUAUUAUACUUGAAAGCUACGAUGAGAUGAAAUAUGAGUAUAUUGGAACAAAUCUUUAUAAUAGAAAUCGAAUAGCUAAUGAUCUAAACCUUUAAGGCUAAGACUAAAAAGUAAAGUUUAUAAUUACUACAAGAGAAGAAAUACUAAACACUAUAGGAUAUUAAACAUGGUUUUAUGGUUCAAGUUUAUAAAAUCUCAAAGAAAUAGAAAUACUACCUUUUCGCUAGGAACAGAGUUCAUAGUAUCUUAAUAUAUAUGCUGAAAUUAGCAUUAAAAGAACAAUUAAAAGGUUUUAUGAGUUUCUCAAACAAUUAAAGGGUUAGAAAUUUUAAUUAGAGGAGUUUAAGUUAAUUUGGAGUCAAAUAGAAAGUACAAUUAAUUCUAUUAUAUUAUAAAGAAGAAAAUCUGAUAUGCUGUUUUUAAUGUCAGAUAUUGAAAGGAUAAUAAAAGCAAUUUAAAAUGUUUAGUUUUUUAGUUUUAUCUAAUCUAAUUAAAUGUUAUCUCUUAAAAAAGAACUUCUUUAAUUAUGGGGAGAAUAAAAAUUUUAAUCAGUAGUUAAAAAUGUAAAUAUCACACAUCUAUUGAGUACACCAUUUAUGAUGGAAAUAAUUGUAUAUGUGUUGCCUAAAAUGUCUUCACUUUUCUCUAAAGCCAACAGAAUUAGGGAAUUACUGAAGAAAAAUUAUAUGAUUUUGAAAAAGGAAGCUAACAAUUCACAGGUUUAGAUGGAAAUUUAUUAAAAAUACAGUAACAAUAGUAUCAACUUUGAGGCAGAAAAUUACAGAAAAAGUAGAAUGAUGAAAGAAAUUGAAAUAACUUAAUAGUUUACUUAAAUUUUAGAAGAUUUGGAUAAUUCAAACUUUUUUGAAUCAUUUUCAAUAGCUGAUUCCUUAGAAUGUGUAAACAAUACUACAAUUUUUUCUAACAGAAUAUUCAACGUCAAAUUUGAUGCCAAUUAUGUUGUUUCGGCUUUCAAGCUCUAAUAGUAUACUGCAUUUGAUUUUUAUGAAAUAUUUGUGAAUUUCUAUCACAAUUAACAACUUUAAAAGCUGAAAGAUUUGGGUAUAAGUGUUAAAGAAGAAAGUAUGCUUUAAGAUUUAAAUGAUUUUUCAACAUUUUUGGCAAUCGAUAUGUCCUUGAGGUAGCUUACUUAGGUAAAUUAUAAAUAAAAAAGAAAAUUAUAUAUUUCUUCAGUUAAAGAAGAGAGGAAUGUUGAAGUCUCUUGGGAUGAUUCAUACUUCGAUGAAAAUUAAGACGAUUUUGAGUAUAAAUCACUCUUACGAAAGUGUAUGUUGAUUAAUUCCAAAGGCAGUUUAUAUGCAUUUAAUCAUAAAUCUAUCUAAGAAUUUUUCGUAGCCAACUAUAUCAUAAACUUAAUAGAGACAAUCUUUUCCCAAGGAAAUGGAGAAGCGAAUCAAAAGUUCUUAAAAUAAUGCAGUUUUUGCAAAAAUGAAUUUAAUUUAUCAUUAGAGCAUUAUUCUGGGACAUUAGAAUUGUUAAAACCAAAGAUAAUAUAGAUUGAAGAUAUAAAGAAUAAAUUAAUUUAAUUAACAUUAUUAUCAAGGAAAAAUCCUGAAAAUACUCUUAUAAGAUCAGCUUCAAAUUCAAUUUAUAUCCUCUGUUCUUUAAGAGAACAUUUUGAAAACAUUGAUCUAAGUGAUUUGUUCAUAUAUUAUACUAAAUUAGAUGGAAUGAGUUUUUAUAAAUGCAAUUUGAGCAACUCUUCAUUUAAUAAUGUAUCUAUAGAUUCAUGUAAUUUUAAUUGCUCAACAAUAGAAAAUGCUAAAUGGGAAAAUUUGAUUUGCAAAGAAAAACCAUCAAUAAUAGCUCACCCUAGUUCUAUUAAAUAUGUGACUUUUAGUGACAAUGGAAAGUUUUUAAUUUCAGGGAGUGAAACUGGAGUUAUUAUUAAAUAGGAGAUGUUAGCUGAUUCAGAACCGAAAAGAACAAUACUAACAAAUACUGAUAACGAUAAGUUAAGAACAAUAUCUAUUGGAAAAAAUUUGCUUGCUUGCCUUUCUAAUAAGUUUUUAUACAUAUUUAGUUUAAGUGAUUUGAAAGAAUUACAAUCUUAUCUUGCAACAAGUAUAUAUUUUAAGGAUGCUGAUAUCAUUAGAUUUUCCCCAAAUGAUAAAUAUUUAGCUGUAACAUUAAGAAAAGGUAUAACACUCUUUUUUUUAGUAGAAAAUCUACUUCAAUAAUAAGAAUAGUAAUUAAAAUAUUUAUCACAAAUCAAUAACCAUAUCAUAUAUCAUAUAGCAAUUUCUCCAAACUAUCAGCUUUUAGCCACAGGUGAUUAUAGAGUUAAAAUUUGGAAUUCUAGUAACUUUUCAGAUGUUUAAUAAAUCUUAGAACUUCCAGGAGAAACAAUGAAAAUAAAUGCAAUUGCAUUUUCAAAGGAUAAUUAGGUAUUAGCUGCAGCAAUAGGUAAUAAGUUAGAAUUUUGGAAUAUUUAGAAUCUAAAUCAAGUUUUUUUAAAAUAUAAGUUUGACUCACUAGUUGAAUUAGAAUAAAUAUCUUAUUCAAAUAAUGGAAAGCUAUUUGCUUUUAGAUCAAAAUAGGUUUUGAAAUUAUAUGAGGUUUAAAAGUUACCUGAUCAAUAAGACUUUUUUAGAAUAAAUUCUGAACUUCCAGUAGAUUUAAUUGAAAUUUCUUCAGAUUGCUAAAUUUUGGCUAUGAGCCAUAUAUAUAAUUCUUAAAAUGAUAGUCCAAAGAUUACAAUAUGGAACGUUAAAAACUUGCAUUAAAUGAAGAUGAUCUCAGUUCUUAAAGAACAAUCUAAAAAUAUUUCAGCCUUAAAAAUCAGAAAUGAUAAUUUAGUUUUAGGUUCAGGUAGCUUAGAUCAUUCAAUUUGUCUUUGGGAUUUACUAAAACUAGUAUUAAUUGUGAAGUUAACAUCUCAUUAAGAUAAAAUUUUAGAUCUUGCAUUUUCAUCAAAUAAAUAGCAAAUGGCAUCCUGUAGUGUAGAUGCAACAAUUAUAGUUUGGGAUACUACCAACUUAGAUAAACCAUAAAUUAAAAUGACUUAAUAAUAACAACUUGGAGUUAAAAAGGUUCUUUAUUGUCCAAAUAGGCCACUCUUAGUGUCAAUGCAGGGGUAAACUGAUAAUGAAAUCAAAUUGUGGAAUUCUGCAGAAUUUAAGCUUAUUUCAACAAAUACAAUUUAAGCAUAGUUUAUAGACAUAAAUUUUAGUGAGGAUGGAGAGAAUAUGAUAUCUUUGAAUUAGGAUAAAAUUCUUAGAAUUUGGAAAAUAAAUGAAUAAGGUUUUGAAAUUUACAAAUAAAUCAAGAUUGAUGGAGAAAAAAACGUAAAUCAAGCAUAUUUUUUUGAUAGUUAAAGCAUUAUUGCUCGUUUCGGAUCAUCCGUAUAUCAUUUAUAUAUAAAAGAUUAAGAAAUUUAAAAAAAACAUAAAUAUGGAUUUUCAAGGAAACUUAAUUGUAUUUAAGUUUCAUAAAAUAAAAAAAUCAUUGUAAUGAAAGAUGAUGGUAAUCGUAAUCAGAAUAAUAUUGAGAUAAUAGUUAUUGAAAAUCAUAACAGAUAAAAUAAUGUAUAAGUUGAGGAUGAAAUUAACGAUUUCUAAUUUUCUAAUGAUGCUUCACUUUUAGCCGUUGCAACAGAAAAAGGAGCAUUCAUUAAGGAUAUUAUAACAAAUUAAAUAUUGUAGAAUUUUUAAUAAAAUUGUUGUUGUAAAUUGAUUUGUUUUAUUGGGAAAGAAUAAUUAGCGAUCAUGUUAAAUUAAUAACUAGUUUUAUAUGAUAUAUAAGAUAUUAAUUCUUCAAAAAUAAUAUCUAUAAUAUAAUUAUAUGAUACUCCUGAGAAAAUGAUUUUCUUAGAGCAAAGAUAGGAGAUUUGUAUUUGUAGUAAGACCAGUGUUGUAUUGAUAAGCUUAUUAGAAGUAUAAUAAAUUAAAUUAAUAUAAUUUGAUGAGGAUAUAUAACCAAUGGCAGUAAUUUUCGAUUCGGAAUAAAAAUUUAUGGGUAUUGGAAAAAGAUACAAAAUGUAAUUUAUGUCACUUUCGAAUGCUAUUAAAAUUGAAAAAACAAGCAAUUUAUAUAAGAAUAACUAGAAUAAACCUCACAUUUAUACAAACUUUUCUUAAGACUGUAAUAUUUUCUCAAUAUUAACCUCUGAGUUAUUGUAUUUAUAAUUGGAUAUUAGUUCUAAUUAGAUUUUAAAAAAAGUUAGUUUUUAACCUUAUAACAAUCCCUGUGCAUUAAAUAAUUAAGAAACUUUGAUCAUUGUCAAUAGCCCAGGAAUAAACUAAAAGAAUUUAUUUCUAAUUGACCUGGAAACCUAAAAAACAGUGAAUUGUUUUGACGAUAUAGAUGAGCGAAAAUCUAGAUGUCUAACAAUUGUUUUUUCACAAGAUGGAUAAAAUUUUCUUACUAGUUAUUCAAACUUGACAAUUAAAUUUUGGGAUACUAAAUCUUGCAAAUUGCUCUCUACUUUUAAAACAGAUACUAAUUCAAUCUAACUCCUUACAAUUUCAAUUAAAGGAAUAUUAGCUUAAACAAGUGAUAAUAUCAUAAAGUUAUGGGAUUUAAAUGCCUUAAAACAAUAAUAAUAAGAAAUGGAUGGUCAUAAUUCUUCAGUAAGUGAGAUAUGUAUUUCUCCAGAUGGUUUAUAAAUGGUAACAGGAUCUGAAGAAGAAAUAAUAAGAUGGGAUUUUAUUGCACUAAAACAACUUGAUAUAUUAAUUAAAGGUAAAAGUCCUAUAUCUAAAUUUUGCUUCUCGCCCAAUAGUCAAUAUUUUGUUGCUCUAUUCGAAAAAUCAAUUCAUAUCUGGAAAUUUAUUACAAGAUAUAUUAUCGAAUUUCACAAAACAUAUUGGUGCUCUUUACAAGAACAAAAAUUGGGUGUAAGUCAGAACCAUGUCAUCUACAAGAAUGGUGAAUCCAAAAUAUUCAUAAUGAACUUCGAAUAAAUAAGUAAAUAGAUUUAAAUAUAACUUUAAUCAGAUUUAAGGAAUCAAACUAGAAAAAUUAUUCUUUCACCAAAUUUGCUGAUAAAAACUAAUCCAUUGGAGAUACUUCGUAUUAACAAUAAAUUAGAGUUAAAAAAAGAAUAAAUAGCUGGAAUAUCAGCCAGUUAAAUAACAAAAAUUGCAUAUUGUGCUAAUACAUAGAGAUUUGCUUUUGAAGAUGAAGAUCAAUCAAUUAUUAUAUGGUCAAUUGAAAAAAAAUAACAACUGGGGAUAUUAAAUUCUAAUGAAAAUAAAAAUACUUAGCUUGUAUGUAUGAUAUUUUCUGGUAAUAGUAAGAUACUGUUCUCAUAUCAUGACGAUAAAAAAAUAAGAUUGUGGAAUAUAACAGAUAAAUAUGAGUUGAUCCAGAUAUAAAAUCUGAAGAACGAUAUGUACUUGGUAUAUUCUGUAAAUUUGCAGUUGCAUUCUAGUAAAGAUGAGGAGUAUAUAUUAAUAUGGUGUGAAACUUAACCUUGGGGUGAUUUUUAAAUGGGUUAAAUUUGUUUUUAGAUUGGCACGGUUGUAAGAAAAUUAGAUGAACUUUCUGGUGAAUGGACGAAAAAAUUUUCAGCUGCAUUUAAUUUAUCAAAUAAUGUAAUUGCUCUUUAAACUGAAUCAAUACUUAAAUUAUAUGAUAUAUCUUAGGAAGAGAUAAGAAUAAUUGCAAAUUUAGAGAACAAUCCACUUGAUGAUUUAUUGUGUUAAUCUAAUCUAAUGUUUUCAUCUGAUGGGAAAAUUCUUUUAUCAUUAGGCACUGAUUUCACAGUAAGAUUGUGCGAUAUUUCUGAUUAAAGCUCAAUAAUAGUCAAAGUUAAUAUGAAAAAACCAAUACAAGCUGUGGCUGUGCAGUUUCUAAAUUCAGAAACAAUCAGGAUUUAUAGUGAAUCGGGUAUUAUAAUUGAUUAAAAUAUUUCAGAAUAUUUAGAAAUAGGUGUUAUCAAAGAUGAAUAAUAAUAUGAUUUUAAAACUGCAAAACAAUAGAUAGGUAUAUCCAAAUAUAGCGGAAAAAUUAAUAAUAGAACUUUGGAGAUUUUUGAUUCUCAAACAAGCUAAUUAUAAUUUACUUUGAAUAAAUUUAGUUCCAAAAUAAGCGCAAUUUAAUUUACUCCAUCCUAAGAAUAAUUCAUUCUUGGAAUGGAGGAUGGAUCAAUAUUGUUAUAUAAGAUCGAUUAGUAGACAAUAAAAAUUUAUGACAUACCUACUUGCUAUCAUAUUUUUGCCAAAAAUCCUCUAUUAUCAGCUUAAAAUUGCAAUAUUAGACAAUCUACAUUUAAGACAAUUGAAAAUGAAAAUUUUGAAAAAGUAUUAUGCGAGAAAGGAGCCAUAAAAUGA